CUCUCCAGCCAAUGGCAUUAGGAGGCACAGAGUUUUGUGGGAGUGCAUAUUGUCAACAUAUUAUCCAAGGUGGUUCAGAUAUUGAUCCAGUAUUCCUAGGUGGUUCAAAUUCACCUCUCGCUGCCCCCUUUUUGGUUUUGACCUGAUUUUUUUUCUUCCCUUCCCAUCGAGCUUGGUUGGAAAAAAACCAUUUACGCGCAUAAAAAUGCCGAAGAGAAAGUCUCCAGAGGGUGCUGAGGGUAAGGAAGCCUCUAAAGUCACAAAGCAAGAGCCCACCAGAAGGUCAGAGAGAUUGUCGGCGAAACCUGCUCCUUCUAAGCCCGAGGCAAAGCCUAAGAAGACCGUUGUCAAGGUGGCUGAUGAUAAAGGAGCAAAGGCCAAGAAGGGUGGCGCCAAGGGGAAGAAGGAAGAUGGUCCCGCCCACAAUGGAGAGACCAAAACCAACGAGAUCUAUGUGUCUCGUCCAUCUGUGAGUGUGUCCUCCAUCAGAAGCAUGGCGCCCUCCCUGAUGUCAAUCAGAGGGCAGAGCGAGACAGUCAGAGUCAAGGGUCUCCCAGGCAGCAGAGGAGGCUACUGAUGAGAAGGCGUAAGGACACGGACGGGUCCACCGACUCGUCCCCUCUAACUCCAUGGCAGCAAAGCAUCUUUUUUUACUGAUGAUUUUUGUACCAUGCAAUUUUUGUUGUUAAUUAGUGAUAGAGAUGGACAACCAGCAGCCGCAGCCCUCCUCAUCCCGCUUCCUGAACCUUCUGUUGUGCUUCCUUUUUUAUCCUACAUCGCUUUAGAAUACAAUACCCCUCUUAGAUGUUAAAAGGCACGUUGAAGUGGUUUUAUCAGACAGCAGCAGAUGUUAUUUAUGAUGCCUGAAGGCGGAGGGGGGGCAUAAAUGUGACUGUUAUGAUCUUUAAACUAGCUUGACUUUUAUUUGCUGUUAUUCCUCUCUAAGGAGGACCACCUUUAAUCAGCAUACUUUGCCUGUGAAGAGGCGACGCCCCACCUGGUUUUGUAAAGUUAAUGUUAAUGGGUGGUUACCAACAGUUAAAAUGCAAAGGAGAGAGAGAAUAAUUCAACAGACACCAUGAGGAACAUCUGCAGGUCCCAAAUAAAGCUCCUGGUUUUUAGAAUCCCUGCCAAUAUUCCAGAUUUUUGUAUUUGUGUUUUGGAGUGGAAGUGUUAGUGGGUCUUGGUGUUCCUUUUUGUUAUCACUCCCUCCACCACCCCCACCCAGUUUUUAACACCUUGUCCCAGAAUCAGAGUGACAUAGCAAUAACGAGUGACGCUUCUGUUCUAGGCGGCUCUGUUGGCUUUGGACCCAUCUGGGCUUCGCGGAGUUUCAUCCUGUUUCGGACAAUAUUUUGAAAUAAAAGAAAAAGUCCAUCACA